AUGCAGGCUGUGCCGUUGCCUGGUACGCAGCGUGAUGGAUACUCGGCUGUUUACCGGAACGUCGCUUACUCUGACAAACUCAUCGAGACCAAUGACCCUUCGAUCCGCACAAUGUACGAAAACUUCAACAAGGGAUGUGAACUCAACCCGAAAGGUAAAUGUCUUGGUCACAGAGAAUAUGACCGUCAGACGAAGAAGUGGAGUCCAUAUAUUUGGGAGACAUAUGAGCAGGUUAGGAAGAGACGGGAUGAGUUUGGAAGUGGGUUGGUUAAGUUGCAUGAUGAUAUCCCCUCUAAACAGUCACAGUACACGGUUGGGCUGUACUCUAACAACCGUCCGGAGUGGACAAUCACCGACCUUGCAUGUCAAGCUUGGUCUCUCAUCUCCGUCGCUCUGUACGACACCUUCGGCGCGGACGCCUCGGCCUUCAUUAUCAACCAUUCCGAGAUGUCCACGAUCGUCGCAUCCAUCGACCACAUCCCUCAACUUCUCGAGAUCUCUGAGCGUUGUCCUGGCUUGAAGGUCAUCAUCUCCAUGGAUCCAUUGAAUGAGGGCGAGUUACCUGGCCGUAGUAAGCUGGACUUACUCGGUGCCAUUGCGAAGCAGAAGGGCAUCUACUUGACGGACAUGAGUGAGGUCGAGGAGAUUGGACGUGCAUUCCCGCGAAAGCACAAUCCUCCGUCAACCUCAGAUAUCUCCACGAUCAACUAUACGUCCGGAACGACCGGUAUGCCAAAGGGUGUGGUCCUCACCCACACGAAUGCACGCGCUGGUGUCACUGGUUGCGAGUUGGCUAUCGGAGCUUCGACGACGAGCGAUAUUAUGAUUUCGUACCUUCCCUUGGCACACAUCUACCAACGCAACAACGAAGCACUCGCGUUCGCGCGCGGAAGUGCAGUUGGUUAUUUCCAUGGCAACAUCCUGGAGCUAAUCGACGAUAUUCAGGAGUUGAAGCCCACUAUCUUCUGCUCCGUUCCUCGUCUUCUGUCACGUAUCGGAGCUGCGAUCAAGGCUGGUACAGUCGAGGCACCCGGAUUGAAGGGAGCGAUCUCGAGGAGGGCAUUGGCGGCCAAGUUGGCGCAGAUGGAAGCUGGUGGGUCGAAUUUGCAUCCAGUUUGGGAUGUCCUUUGGUCUCGUAAGAUCAGGAAUGUGCUCGGUGGUAGGGUACGUCUUGUGGUCACUGGCUCUGCUCCCAUCGCGAAGGAUCUGCUGCAGUUCCUCCGUGCGGCUUUGGCGUGCGAUGUCGUGGAAGGUUACGGUUUGACCGAGUCCAUGGCCGGUGCAGUCGUUGGAUUACCUGGUGAUUGCAAGCCAGGCCAUGUCGGUCCUCCCAUCCCGACAGUCGAGGUAUGUCUCCAGGAUGUGCCCUCCAUGGGAUACUCCGCCAAGGAUUCCCCGAAUCCGCGAGGAGAGAUGUUACUUAGGGGCCCAUUGAUUUUCAAGGAGUACUUCAAGGAUGAGAAGAAGACGAAGGAGGCCAUUGAUGAGGAUGGGUGGUUCCACACUGGGGAUAUCUGUGAGGUCGAUAGCUUGGGAAGGUUCUACAUCAUUGAUCGUGUGAAGAACUUCUUUAAGCUUGCGCAAGGAGAGUACGUCUCCGGUGAGAGGAUCGAGAACACCCUUCUCGGUGCCACCACCCUCCUCGCACAGAUCUUCGUCCACGGAGACUCGUUGCAGACCUACCUCGUCGCCAUCAUCGGCCCUAAUCCGGAUACCUUCGCUCCUUUUGCCUCAAAGAUUAUGAACGAGCGCAUCUCCGCCACCGACCUCACCUCUCUCCGCAAAGCCUGCGCCGACCCCAAAGUCCGCCAAGCAAUCCUAAAAACUCUCGACCGCGCGUCCGAAAAGCGUGGCCUUAAGGGAUUCGAGAAGAUUAAGAACGUGCAUUUGUGUUUGGAGCCGUUCACGGUUGAUAACGAGACUUUAACGCCGACGUUGAAAAUCAAGAGGCCGCAGGCGCUGAAGCUUUUUAGGAAGGAGGUUGAUGCGUUGUAUGAGGAGGCAAAGAGGGAUGAGAAGCCGAUGGAGAAGGCGAGGUUGUAA